GUAAACAAAAGACCUGGCAGGGUUCGGCUCCCCGAGGAAUUUUAGGUUCGCUACCGCUUCAAUGGGCAUUUUUCGAUGCUUCGGAUGCCUAGCUCUGCGGCAGUCCUCCUCAGGGUCUCCUGUACAAACAGAUCACCGUCUCUCACAUCACUCGUCGGCCAAAGGCUCAUUCAUUUAGGUUAGGUAGAAAAUGGAUGUCCUCUUUGUCCUGGAUACCACCUGAUGGUCACGACACAGGCGUUGUGUUUUACAAUAGUGCCAGUAAGAGUAAGGUGCCUUUUAAGACUAUUUAUCCAGGCCUAACCUCCUGGUACAUGUGCGGCCCGACGGUGUAUGAUUCAGCGCACAUUGGUCAUGCAUUGUCUUAUGUCAAGUUUGACAUCAUCCGUCGAAUUCUGGCGAGGGUGUUCAACAUCAAUGUUGUCGUUGUGAUGGGCGUAACAGAUAUUGACGACAAGAUUAUCAAGAGAGCUCAUGAAAUGAAGGUUGACUUCAGAGAGCUCUCUAAAUUUUACGAGGAAGAAUUCUUCGCCGACAUGGACAGGCUGCGAGUCCUCAGGCCAUCCCUGGCUCCUAGGGUGACCGAACACGUGCCCUUCAUCGUAGCCUUCAUUCAGAAGAUCUUGGACAACAAGCUAGCAUACUCAGUGAGUGACGGUUCUGUGUACUUUGACACUGUCGCGUUUGGUCGGUAUGGGAAGAUGACCCCUCUGGACGGGUCCGUCGACGCCAAGGAGAGCGGAAUUAAGAAGUCGCCGCGAGACUUCGCCCUCUGGAAAGGGGCCAAGCCUGGUGAGCCGUACUGGGAAUCUCCCUGGGGUAGGGGUCGACCUGGCUGGCACAUCGAGUGUUCGGCCAUGGCGAAUCACAUCCUAGGAACGAGACUGGACCUGCAUUCCGGUGGGAUCGACCUCCUAUUUCCCCACCAUGAAAAUGAAGAGGCCCAGUGCUGCGCUCACAGUGGGGAUCUGCAGUGGUGCAAUUAUUGGUUACACACAGGUCACCUCCACGCCAAGGAUGCUGAGAAGAUGUCAAAGUCUCUGCGGAACACGAUCAGCAUCAGCGAGUUGUUGGAGGAGCAUUCAGUCAACACAUUCAGGUUCUUUUGCCUCCUCUCGCACUAUCGCAGCCAAGUGGCCUACACUCAGACGUGCAUGCUCGAAGCCAGUGCUCAUGUGCGGAGAGUCCGGGCCUUCUUGCAGGAUGCAUAUGCUUACAUCAAUGGACAGUUGAAGUGUGGUCCUUUAGAUGAGUCUGGUUUGAAGCAGAGAUUAGCCCAAACCAGAGUUAAAGUGAAGAAUCACCUAGCGGAUGAUAUGGACACCUCGAAGGCCCUGUCUGCGGUUAUGGAUUUGAUUUCUCAUGCAACGAAAGAACUGCAUACUAAACCUACGAGCAUAAGUUUAUCAAGGAGCGCCGGAACGAUGGUUGCCAUAUGCAGUUACAUUCAUUAUUUGAUGGAGGAUGUGUUUGGCAUGAGUUUCCCAAGCUUGCGAGAUGCUGCAAACAUGUCGCUGGAAUCGAGUGGGCGCCUUGCACACGUCAUGAACUCUGUAGUCAAGUUUAGACAUGAAGUGCGCUCUUAUGCACUUCUCCAAGAUCCUACAACAGCUCAGCAAGAACUGUCGUCAGCAGACAAGAAACUGAAGAGGAAGGAGCGUGUCCCCUUGCUGCAAGCCUGUGAUAAUUUGCGUGAAAAUCUUCAAAUGACUGGCCUUUCCAUUAAGGAUCAUAAUGAAAGCUCAACGUGGUCUGUGUCCGAUGGGACAGUAGGUUCCAGCGAGAAAGCGAAGAAGAAGAAUUAAUUGCCAGGACCACGGGAAGGUGGGAGGGAGGAGGAACCAGCUCUGAUCUAAUGACAUUCCGCAGCAUCGCAGCCUUUUUAUAAUUUUCAGUUCCAUAUUCUUUCAAUGCUGGUUUUUUCUUGGCCUUGGUACAAUGCUGUUGUUGCCAAUAGACUCUGUAAGUUGUGAUUUGAAUUCAAACCGAUUUUCCUCCUUUUCUUUUUGGUCACCGAAGUGAUAUUUUAUAAAUUUGAAAGCUGCUUUUUACAGCUGUGUGUCAGGUGUUCAUGUCAAAGCCCAAAUGGCUCUUGUAUUUACUGUAGAAAUAUCAUACAAUUGAUUGUAUAUACUGUAUGUACUAUAAUUGCGUGACUUGGAAUUCUCUUAAUUUAUGUGGAAUAGUUCUGCCAACAUGGGAGUGUUUGUUUUUCUUUCCAGGACUGUAAAUGUGUACAUAUGUGAAAGUCAUAUUUUUUGUUACACACCAAGGAAUGAAAAAAAGACAUAAAAAAAGGAAAAGAAAUAAAACAGAAUACCUUC